GUAAUAUGUACUUAAUUAUAAAUGAUAACAAAAUAGAAAUUUUUUAUUUGUAAAUUGCACAAUCUGUUACCUAAAUAAAUAACCAUCUUCGGAGAUGUAACAUUUUCGGUUAUAUAAAAAUAAACUACAAAUUUUUACAUCAAGUUUUACAUGCGUAUACAGAUCUUUGUUUCACAGAUUGGCAAUACUGAACUCAGGACUCAGGAUUGACAAGAAAGGAAGCAAACAAGGAAGCAACAAAAAGGAACCUGUUGUGCACAGAAGGCAGUGGAAUGAAGAUACGCCGCGAAUACAAAUCCCAUAAUGAACACCAAAAUAAACCAUGAAUAUGCUUCUAAUUCAUAUAACGGAGGUAUUAUGGGAAAUGAUAGUCCAGGUGCAUUAUUAGAUAUGCUUGCAGAAGUUGCAUCUCAGACGUUACAUUCAGAGAAAAAGCGUAGUAAAUUAUUAUUACCAUCACAAUGCAAGUCAAAAACAGAUUAUGUAAAAAGGAAGGCUCAUGAAUUGACCUUUAAUGUGCCACAGCUUCUCUCUAUGCCUGCAUCACAAUUAGUUAAACAAUUUUCUAUUUUCACAAGUGAUGAAUUAAAAAGGCAAUACUCAUAUACAUGUGCUCUUGUCAUUGGAUGUGUACAAAAAUAUACUAGUUUUGCAAGCGAAGGAAGAGCAAGAAUGUCUAUUAAAGCACAUUUAGCAGAACAUUUAGAAUAUUUAAAAACUAAUAAAGAAGCGUAUAAAACUUUUACUGCAAAGUCAGUAAGUUACAAAAAUUAUAAAAUUAGUCCUCAAAGUAAGAAAAGCAGAUUACAACAAUCACGGAAACCACAGGAAACAUUAAAUAAGGAGAAUAAGAAUGUUAUUACAGAAAAAUCAACAAAUUACUUAAGAAAUAUUCUGUUAAAUGAUUCUACUUUUAAUGAGUUAGAUAAAAAGAAAAAUGUUGAAACAGUAGAAAAUUCAAAAAAAAUACAUGAUUCUGAACAGAAAGAUACAGAAAGAAUGGAUUUUAAAGUUCUUGGAGAUCAUAGUUAUUUUGAACGCUUAAAAGAUGAAAUUCCUAGCAAGAAAGAAACAUCACCAUUUAACAAUUCUCUUGAAAAUGUGACAGAUGAAAAUAUUGUACUUAUGGUUGUUGGUGCUGACAGUGUUCAUAUGAAAGAAUAUCCACGUAUUAACAAAAAAUUGUCAGAAAAAAUCAAUCAAAAAUCUGAUACCAUUUAUUUGCCAGAAAUAUCAUGGCCAACUGAAAAUGGUGACAAAAAUACAGAAAUUAUAACUAGUAAACCCAAAGGGAAAGCAAAAUUUAUAGGUACUAGUAAAGAGGAAAGAGAAAUGGCAUUAGCUUUUAUGGAUCGUAUAAAGAAAAAGGGAAAUCCAACUGGAAGUAAUCUCGAAUGUCGAAUUUGUAAUCCACCACGAAGUUUCACAGCACCUACAACAUUGGUGUCUCAUUAUCGCAGUCAUGCUGGAAUAAAACCAUAUGAGUGUCGUAUAUGCAGAGCAGUUUUUACGAGAAGACAUAGUUUGAAAUAUCACAUGUUAAUUCAUCAAAAUCAAACGCGAUUUACAUGUGCUGAUUGUGGAAAGAAAUUUAGGCAUCCAUCACAUUUCAGAGAACACAGACGUAGACAUACUGGUGAAGCACCAUUUGGAUGUGAUGAUUGUGGACAACGAUUUAAAACAAGAAACACUUACAAACGUCAUUUAAAAACAAGACAUGGAAAAGUUCUAACAACUACUGGAGAGUUGCUGUAUCUGUCGGAAGAAGAUUUUCAAAAAGUUCGAACUAAUAGAAAGAAAAAGAAUAAUACAAAUAAAGAUCACAUGAUAGAUGAGGGCAUAAUUGCAACAAAAACAAUCAUGCAUUGUCAAAAUGAUAAUGACCAAUUACAAAAUACUGCAACUGAGGAAUAUAUUAUAAAUAAUGAUACCACUGAUAGUGAUAAAAAUUGGAAAUCAAGUGAUACAAUACAAAUUAUUAAAAAUUGUUUUGAAACUUACGAGGUGUGUUCAGAACCUCAUUUAAAUAAGACUGAAUCGAUAGAGACUGAAUUAUCUAUAAAAAAUAGAGUUUUUAAUAAAGACGAAAAUAGUUUAUCAGAUGAAUAUCCAGAUAAAGUAGAAGAUAAACUGCCACAGUUGCAAAGUGGUUCUUAUAUUAAGUUAGAAAUAGUUAAAGAUGGAAAUAAUCAAAUUAUAUGUCAUGAUAAUGUUGGUCAACCUGAAAUAAUUUAUCAUAAUAUAAAUGAAGCACCAUCAUAUAUUAAAGUAGAAUAUAGCAACUUAGUUAAUGACUUAGAAAAUGAGAAUAGUAUAGAAUUUCAAGAAAAUUUUAAGUUCUCUGAAAAUCAAAUUAAGAAUCCUAUACAAAUAAUUAAUGAAACUGAAAAUUAUUUUGAUGAAGAAUCCAAUAAUUCUGUAAGUAAACAACAAACAAAAUUAAUGCAAGCAGAUACCCAUAUUAAAACGAAGAACAAAGAUAGCAAUAAACAUAUAAUACUUAGUCAAGAACAUAUCAAAUAUGAAAAAGAAAAUAGUGAUAUUACUACUCUUAAUUGCAAACCUUUUCAAGAAAUGGAGACCCAUGAGAUUGUUUCAGAAGACUUAAUAGAUUUAAAUACAUUGCAAGGAAUUAAUCAAAUUACUAAUAAAACAAUAUCAAUUACGGAUACCUUAGCGAACCAAAAUGAAGAUUGUCUAUUACAAGAAGAUAAAAAAUUAAGCAAUUAUCAAACAGUUAUAACAAAUUUGAUAAAGAAUCGAGUGAUUGUAUCUCCAAAUUAUGUUUUUGAAAAAGAUCAAAAGUUAUUAAACCAAGUUGAGCAACGCUUAUAUAUUCAUAAUGAACCUUUAACUAGUAUAGUAGUACAAAAUAAAUGCAUUAAUAUAUUUCCACAAACCCAAUCAAAAACACAAUUAAAUAAAAGUAAAAAAUUUACACUCUUGAAUAAACACAUGCAAGCUAUUAAUGUAAAGCAAAAUGAAAAUCAAAAUACAAUUUUAUUGUUGACCAAUAAUACGUUACAAAAUAAUAUCCUCAAAAUUGAUCAAAAUAAUACUGCUGAUACUGAAAUUAAAGAACAGAUAUUUGAGAAAAGUAAGUAAGCAUUAAAAGUUUUUUAAUUUUUUCUGAAUCAGGCAUUCGCAUUAAAAAAGAUAUAAUUUUAAGAUAAAUUCCCUAUUUCUAUAGAUACAGUUUUAAUAAAAAUACACUUGUAGUAUAAAUAAUACUACAAUAACGUUUUGAAUUUUUGUAUAUGUAAAUAUUGUUAGAAGAAGUGUAGAUUUAAUAAUUUUUUAUUAUUUGAAGAAAGAAAGUUCAAUAUAUAUAAUAAUAAUUCUUCAAAAAAGAAUGCAUUUAAUAAAAUAUUUUUACAUGAUUUCAAUCAUAUAAAACACAGUAUUAGCACAGCUUUGAUAUAUAAUAAAGUUUAAAAAUUGAAUAAAAAUGCAUUUAUAUAUAUACAUACACAUAUAUUGUUUUCAAGUGACAUAAAAUUAUUUCUAAAACUGUUUAACCUAUAAUUUCUGGAAACAAAUUAUAGAUGUCACAAAGUUUUUAUUAGGCAUUCCAGAUGUUAAAGUUGAAAAAAUAGCGUUUAUUAAAUUUUCUAUAACAAUUUUUUAUGUAUAUAUUAACAAAUCAAUUAUACAAAAGUUAUUAUUAAUUUACUUAUUACAAUAGAAAUAUAGAUACUUAAUAACAAUUAUAUUUGUUUGUGUGCCAAAUAUUGGAAAAUGUAGUACAAAUUCAUAAUUUGCUUAGUCAAACAGAAAUUUUUAAUAUCACUGGUGGUUGCUUUCUAAGUUCUCAUAUAUUUUGCUUAAAUGAAUUACAAAAAUAUUGUUUAUUAUAUUUUAUAUUUAUUUUAAGCAAUUUAUGGAGAAUGUAUUACCUGUUUCUAUUUGUAGCACACUUUCUUCUUUUAUACAUAUAGAUCAUAUUUUUAUCGCAAAAUGUACAACAUUUAUAAACAGCAAAUAAUCAUUCAUUGUGCUAUCUUUUUUAAUAUUUUGAAAUACUUAUAUUUCUUCAAAUAUAGCUCAAAAAUGUCUUCCAUACAAAUUUAAAGUUUUCUUG